CGCGUCUCGCUGCCUGGAGCUUCCGCUCAUCACCUCCACACUCCAUUGCAACAUUCUCCGCACCUCAACAAACUAAUUGCCCCAAUCAAUUGCCUCUCGCCACCAUGAGUCUCAAGCGGAAGGCAGCAGAGGUCGCCGCAGACGCAGCAAAGAAGCCCAAGGUUAACGCGAGCAUCACGUCGUUCUUCGGCGCGCCCAAACCGAAGGCAGAUGCAGCCGCAAAGUUCGACAAAGACGCGUGGGUGGCGAAGCUUACCGACGAGCAGAAGGAGCUGCUAAAGCUGGAGAUCGACACGCUGCAUGAUAGCUGGCUGCCGCAUCUCAAAGAUGUCCUGACCAGCCCGACGUUUCUGGAGCUGAAGCGGUUCUUGAAGAAAGAGCUAGCGAGUGGGAAGACAGUGUACCCGCCCAUGAAGGACGUGUAUUCUUGGUCGCGUCACACGCCGCUCAACACCGUCAAGGCCGUCAUCACCGGUCAAGAUCCCUAUCACGGCCCCAAUCAAGCCCACGGGCUCUGCUUCUCCGUCCGCCCACCGACUAACGCCCCACCAUCCCUCCAGAACAUCUACAAGGCCCUCAAGAAAGACUACCCCGACUUCGAGGCUCCACCCAAUAAGGGCGGUCUGCUGACGCCAUGGGCGGACCGCGGCGUCCUGCUCCUCAAUACGUGCUUGACUGUCCGGGCCCGCGAAGCUAACUCGCACUCCGGCAAGGGCUGGGAGCUCCUGACUCAGAAGGUGAUCGACACCGUCGCGAAGGUGCGCACAACAGGCGUAGUGUUCUUGGCUUGGGGCAGCCCCGCGGCGCAGCGCGUCAAGGAUGUAAAUAAGGAGAAGCACCUCAUUCUGAGGAGUGUGCAUCCCAGUCCGCUUAGUGCGAGUAGGGGCUUUUUCGAUUGCGGACACUUCAAGAAGGCGAACGAGUGGUUGGUGCAGCGCUAUGGCAAGGGUUCGGAGAUCGAUUGGAACCUGAAUGUCGAUCCGGAGGAAGCGGGCGUCUAGGCGCAGGUGGAGAUUCCCAACGGACGUUCCGCAGCAAUCAGUCAUGCUUUCUGACACUCGUCGGCGAAUAUGGAAUUGCUUGGUCUGCGUUCUUGCUUGCUCAUACGGCAGCAAAAUCUGGUGUAAUUUCUGGGUAUAAUCGGCGUUGGUUAGGCGCACAGGGGUUUUGGGCGUCAAAGAAAAGCUAGCGAAAUGGCUAUCGGAUUAAUAAGUCGCUCAGUGCGAAAUGGAUACUCUCUCCGGCUUGCC